AUGGAUCUUUUGUCAGAAUAUUCAUCUUCGUUUUCUAGUGGUGUAACUAAAUCCCAUGGUACUAUAGGACACUUGCAAAUUAGGCUUGUAGAUCCUAGUCGACCGGUUGACCGUCGACCUUAUAGCCUUAGUGCAAGUAAAUGCGAAGUUGUUACUACUAAAGUUCGUGAGCUAGAGGAAGCAGGAAUUAUUAGGUCGAUUUGUUCACCCUCUUCUAGUCCAGUGUUUCUUGUCAAGAAGAAGGAUGUUUCAGAUCGCAUGUGUAUUGACUACAGCGGACUGAACGACAACACUGUAUUGGAUAGGUUUCCAUUGCCGUUUAUAGAGGACCUUGUAUCCAGGUUAGGUGAUGUUACAUGGUUCACGUGUCUCAAUAUGUUAUCACCAGAUUCCAGUGCAUCCUGA